UGAGCUGUCCUUUUCGUGCGUGCCUGCCCGUCGGCACUUUCCCUCUAAUUCAUUCGGGUUAGCUCAACAAUCCCGGGAUCCCAUUGGACUCGAAUCUCGGAUGGAAUGGUGCACAAUGAUCUCAAUGUUUCGCCAGUAAUCUCAGCCACGCGGCCACGUACGCUCUCCAAGACAACCUUAAAAGUCUCAGAAGACGCCCAGGGAUCGAAACCGUCGACGCAGUCGAGACACACCCCGCAAUCUACCGGAGGCGCCACGACCUUGUGAGCGCACGGGCUUGCUCGUUCGAUCUUGAGUCAUGAGGCUCCUGUGCCUGCUCGCGUUGAUCCCGCUCGUCGCGGCGGAGUGCACGUGCGAGAGCGAUCCCGAGGAACGCAACAGGACCCGGGCCCUCAAGUACAAGCUGGCCGCCAUCGCAUCGAUCCUCGUGGCGGGCGCGGUUGGGGUGUGCCUCCCGAUCGUGGGGAAGACCGUCCCGGCUCUGCACCCGGAGAGGAGUAUCUUCUUCAUCAUCAAGGCCUUCGCGGCCGGGGUGAUCCUGUCCACCGGGUUGAUACACGUCCUCCCGGACGCCUUCGAGAACUUGACGUCGCCGUGCCUGAGCGAGACCCCGUGGGGGGAUUUCCCGUUCGCGGGGUUCGUGGCCAUGCUCGGCGCACUCGGGACGUUGAUGGUUGACACGGUCGCCACUUCUUAUUUUAAGAAGCGACACGCCGACAAGACCGUAUCGGACAAGAGCGGAGACGAAGAGAAGGCCAGAGAGAACCAAGGUGAAGUACAUGUGCACACGCACGCGACUCAUGGCCACUCUCACGGUCCGAUAUCGACGGACUCGGAGUCGGAUCUCCUGCGGCAUCGAGUGAUAUCUCAGGUGCUAGAGUUGGGGAUCGUGGUGCACUCGGUGAUAAUAGGGGUAUCGCUGGGGGCUUCGGAAAGUCCACAGACCAUCAAGCCUCUUGUUGCUGCCUUGUCCUUUCACCAGUUCUUUGAAGGCAUGGGUCUCGGUGGAUGCAUCUCUCAGGCCAAGUUCAAGACUCGGGCGACUGUAGUCAUGGCACUGUUUUUCUCCCUCACGACCCCAGUUGGGAUCGUUAUAGGAUUGGGAGUCAGCAACGUGUAUGACGAGAACAGCCCGACCGCGCUCAUUGUGGAGGGGAUCUUCAAUGCUGCAUCUUCGGGGAUAUUGGUUUACAUGUCCCUGGUCGAUCUUCUUGCUGCUGACUUCAUGAGCUCAAAGUUGCAGAACAACGGGAGGCUCCUGUUUGGGACCAACGUGGCUCUUCUCCUCGGUGCUGGGUGCAUGUCUCUCCUGGCCAAAUGGGCUUGAAGCAAAGGAAGCAAAAAUAAAUAGGAAAACAGAGAUCAAAGAGACGUUUUAGCUACUUAUAAGUCUCUGGCUUUUUGUUAGUCCCGGGCCAACGAGCAUAUAUUAUUGUUUCGACCAUGUCACGACGUUUGAGCUUAAAGGAGAUGAUGCUUUUUAUAUGCUCGUGGAAAUAAAUGUCGGAAAAUCUUCUGAUGACC